AUGCCUAUACAGCCUAUAAGAAUAGACAAUGAUGUUAUAAAUGAGGUAGUGCAAUUUGUAACACGGAGACUGGAACAACUUUUGGUAGAUGAGGGAAUUAACUAUGAAAUAGUUCGGUCGGUGCUUAUGGAGCGUGCGAACUGCCCUUAUCUGGCAUCACAAACGGCAGCUGAAAUGGAAGCAUUUUCAAGAACUGAAGAUUUCCCAAAAAUUGUUGAGGCGUAUUCCAGGCCAGUUCGAAUUAUACGUGGGAAGCAAAUCGAGUCUGCUUGGGAGGUUGACACAAGCGUAUUCGAGAAGGACGAAGAAAAAGCCUUGUGGAGCGCCUAUUUGGAGGCUGUCGACAAGAUCCAUCCUGGUGUUGACGUCAAAACCUUCGUCGAGGCCUCCCUGCUUCUGAUACAGCCUUUGGAAGAUUUCUUCAACAAUGUUUUUGUCAUGGCGGAAGAUGAGAAGAUCCGCAACAACCGGCUGGCACUGCUACAAAAGGUUGCGAGUUUGACGAAGGGGAUAGCCGACCUCUCGGUUUUACCAGGGUUUUAGAUAGUCUUGGAGCGAGCUGAGAGUGUGCGUCCCAUUUUUGAGCUGGUGUCAUUAAGUUGGAGCCAUUUUUUUGUACUUUUGUUACUGGUCAUUCAUCUGGUGGAAAAUUACUGGGAGAAGAAUGAGAAUGUAACUACAGGGGAUCGUCUUUGAUUGGCGGAUAUCAGUUAUGAGGUGUAACUACAAGACGAACCAAUAGAUAAAAUGGGGUGUUGUUUAUGCUAGUUGAUUAAAUGCAUUUUCUUCUUC